GCAAGGAGGGAUCUUUAUUCUAUUUUUGUGCCUAGACAAACAUCAAAACCCAUCAUUCCGUAUAAUCAGCUCUCCAUCUCUCUCUCUCUCUCAUGGAGGACGACGAUGACGAGUUCGGAGAUCUGUACACUGACGUCCUCCGACCCUUCCAAUCCUCGGCUCUCUGUCAGAACCGCCCGAUCGAUCUCAACAUUCAGAGCGAUGAUGAAGAUAUUCUCUUUGGAGCUCCUAAUAUUAACCCUAUUUUCAAUCUCACAAGCUCGCAUCAGAACCAAACCCUAGUUUUCAAGUCCGAUAAGGCUGCCCCCGAACUGGGUCUCGCCUCAAGUUCCGAUUCUCAUCGGAAUUUGAAUUUGAAUUUGGAAUUGGAUGGUAAGCAGCAAAGUCAAGAAGUGGAGAAAGAAGAUGGUUUAGCUGAGGGGGUGAGUAAUUUAGGGUCGGAUUUGCCGAAGCCAAGUGUGCCUAGGGUUUUGGAGAGUGGUGGCGAUGUGAAAUUUCCAAAUUUGACGGAUGAGUCCGGGAUUGAUGUUGUUGUUGUUGUUGAGGAAAGAGAUGAUAAAGAUGAUCUUUUGGUUGCAAAAGAUGAGGGUUCUAUGGAUAAAAACGAUAAUUUUGAGAAAUUUAAUGUAAAAGAAGUUAAUACUGGGAUUGUAGAUUUGGGUUCAGAGCCAGUGAUACCUGGUCUAUCAAUUCCCGGGGUUUCGGAUGCUGUGGAUAAUCGAGGUAGCUCGAAUUUUGUGGUGCGGGAUGAAGCGAGUGGGGACGGGGAUGAUUGGGACAGUGAUAGUGAGGAUGAUUUGCAGAUUGUAUUGAAUGAUAACAACCACGGACCAAUGGCGAUGGGAAAGGCUGGACUGAUUGGAAGUGACGAUGAGGACGAAGAUGGCGAGCCUUUAGUUAUUGUUGCUGAUAGUGAACCGGGUCAUCAGCCAAUAGAAGAGCAAGAGUGGGGUGAAGAUGCAGCACAGGCGGCAGACGGUGAGAGAAAAGAAUUAGGUGAUGCAGCCAAAGUGAAUGGAGGAAUGGUUGUUCCGCCAAAGAUUGGGUACAGCAAUCAUCCAUAUCAGCCAUAUCAUUCUCAGUUUAAGUAUGUGAGACCUGGAGCAGCUCCAAUGCCUGGAGCAGCUCCCGUUAGCCCUGGAGGAGCCCUAGGUCAAGUUCGUCCGCCAGUCAAUGUGGGCACUGUUGCUGGUCGCGGUAGAGGUGAUUGGAGGCCUGCAGGAAUAAAAAAUGCUGCUCUAGUGCAAAAAAGUUUUCUUCCAGGGUUUGGAACGCCUGUUUGGGGGAACAAUACACCGGGGCGUGGUUUUGGCAGUGGGCUGGAUUUCACACUUCCAUCGCACAAGACUAUAUUUGAUGUUGACAUUGAUAGUUUUGAGGAAAAACCAUGGAGGCUCCCUGGUAUUGAUAUAUCAGAUUUUUUUAACUUUGGUUUAAAUGAGGAGAAUUGGAAAGAUUAUUGCAAACAGCUGGAACAACUUCGCCUGGAGGCAACCAUGCAAAGCAAAAUUCGCGUCUAUGAAAGUGGGAGAACAGAACAGGAGUAUGAUCCAGAUCUGCCUCCAGAACUAGCAGCAGCAGCAGGUAUUAAUGAUAUUUCAUCUGAAAAUGGAAAUCUCGGGAAGAUGGAUGCUGGACAAAGUGAUAUAGCUAAAGGAUCUGCACGUGUGCGACCACCAUUGCCAACUGGAAGAGCAAUACAGGUGGAAACUGGUUAUGGUGAGCGUCUCCCGUCCAUUGAUACUCGGCCACCACGUAUUCGUGAUUCUGAUGCAAUAAUUGAGAUUGUCUUGCAGGACUCAGCAGAUGAUGAUUCCAUUCAGGGAAAUGAUGUCAUAGAGCAGCCGGAAAAUGAUUCCUUGAUGGAGGAUUUCAGAGGAGGCCAUGAAAUUAAAAGGGAUGUUGCAGAGGAAGAUGCUGUACAUUUUGAUGGUUCCCCACAGGCCUAUAAUGGUAGGAAGAGGGAACUGAUUGAAACAAGAGCACCCUUUAUGAAUCCUGUUCAGGAUAACCUUACUGAAGGAGAUGGAAGUUUGCCUUUGCUCCCAGAAGCACCAGUUCAGCAUCCCAAUUUUGGGGGGCAGACCUCUGCAUAUUCUGACAGAGAUGUUGGCACCCUCUAUGAGGAGAGGCAAACAAAGGGAAGAACACGUGACAGAUCCCCCAAUAUGACCUGCAGUGGAAGUAUAUUGGAUAAAAGAUUUCUUGACAAUCAGAAGGAAGGUUCAGUUGAAAGUAUUGGUGGUGAACAUAACCCUCGAUUAUCAUCUCCUGUUACUGUUGGGAGUACUGAGGAUCUUGACGAUGAACAUGGUGAUGGUUUGCGUAGAAGCUCUAGCAUGGAUAGAGAGGAAUUGGCCUUGGAUACAACUACUACUACUACUGAUACCCGCAUAGAUGAAAAUCUUUCGCCUUCUAUGAAAAAGCAAAAGAUAAGUUUGCGAGUUGAACAAUCUUCUCUUCAAGAAAUUGAUGAUGGAGGGCACUUAAAGGCAUCAAUAAGUAGUGAAAACAGCAGAGAUAAUCAGAAGUUUCAUGAUAGUGUUGACGAGGAAGUUGUUCAGCUUGGACGUUCUACACGAAUGGUGAAUUUGAAGCGACCCAAUGGUGAAGAUGAGCAAAGAGUCAGAAGAAAAGGCCGUGAUGAGAGACGUGAGAUGGGCAAAAAUCGUUUGGUGGAAAAAGGUAGGGAGGAUUUAUAUUCUCAUAGAGAUUGGGAUCCUCACUCAGCCCAUCAGUCGCACAGGAAAACUGAGGGUAUAGACAGGCGAAAAGAGAGAGAGAAUUCUGAGGGAGCUUGGCAAUGGCAAGAUGAUGAUUCACAUGGUAUGAGGACUAGAGCUGAAGACACAAGGAAGCGAGAACGUGGUGAUGAAAUAGGGUCAAGGCAACGGAACAAGGUUCAAGAAAGUGAGAGGAUGGACAAAGACGAACAUCUUCAGUUGAGGAAACAGUUGGAUAAUGGUAAUUCAAGGGCCCAUCACGAUAAAGAUGUGCGUUCACGGCACAAGGAAAAGGAUGAUAAUAUGAGGAGUCGAUAUGAGAACAUGGGUGAUCACCAUAGAAAAAGAAGGAAAGAAGAGGAACCUUUGAGGAGGGAUGCUGAGAAGGAAGAAACCUUGCGGGGCCACAGAGAAAACUCUAGUCAUCGAAAGCGAGAAAGGGAUGAUGCUUUGGAUCUGCGUAAGAGAGAUGAGCAGGUGAGAACUAGAGAUGAUGAUCAACUUUCUGUCAGGCACAAAGAAGAGAUCUGGAUUCACAGAGAGAGGGGUGAGAGACAGAGGGAGCGGGAUGAGAGGCACAUGAUCAAGCAAUCACAUGAAGAAAGUUUAUCGAAACGGGAAAGAGAAGAAGAACGGGGAGGAGUAAGGAGUGCUCGAGCUGUAGAAGAAAAAUCAUGGGUUAGCCAUGCUAGAUUGAAGGAUGAGUACAAGGGUUCUGUUAGAGAUUACCAAUUUAAAGACACAGGGCGGCUUGGUGAGCCAUUUAAGAGGAGGGAUCGGGUUGAGGAUGGAAGUCCUUCGCAACAUAUGGGAUGGGAAGAUGUCCAUGCACGUGGAAACCAACGCAGCAUUGAUGAGAGAAGGUCAAGGCAGGAAAGGGCAAGUACUCGCGAUCGUGCUGUUACUGGUUCUGAUAACAAUAGGGCACAUGAAAAAAAAUAUAAAAAGAACACCAGGAAGAGUAGAGAAUCUGAGGGCGGUGAACAAAACUCUGAGCGAAAUCAAGAGGACCAAAUUGGUCGGAUGAAUGAGCCGGUGAAAUUGAAAGGCACAACUGUGCGGGGAAAUGGUGAGCAUGAGAUCCUGCUGAUUCAUCACUCUUCCAGAAAACAUAGGGAAGAUGAUGCUUCAGAUGAUGAGCGGCAAAAUUCAAGAAGAGGUCGGUCCAAAUUGGAACGUUGGACAAGCCAUAAGGAGAGGGAUUUCAAUGUCAACUCUAAGUCAUCAUCUUCCUUGACGGUUGAAGAGACUGAUAAGUUUAACAAUGGUGGCUCUUUUUCCUUAGCCAGCAAGCUCCCAAACGAAUUUUCCAAGACAAUUGAAACCAUUGAAAAUCAACAUCCCUUGGGUGAUAAAAAAGAUGGUGGUGAUCUGGAGAUUGAGAAUGUCAAUGCAAAAUCGUUGGACGGUAGACACUUGGACACAGUUGAAAAGUUGAAGAAGCGAAGUGAGCGUUUCAAGCUGCCAAUGCCAAGCGAGAAGGAAGCCAUGGUGAUUAAAAAGAUGGAGAGUGAACCAUUGCCUUCCACCCAAAGUGAAGCCCGUGCAGACUCGGAGAUCAAACCGGAGCGUCCAGCUCGGAAGCGGAGGUGGAUAAGUAACUAAUUGUGGAAUCAAGGAAUUGAUUUUCAAUGUUAAAAUAUGCCAUGUUUAGGCUUUUCAGGGUUGACAGCAUAACCGUGCUGCAGCCAUAUACACUUUCUUUAUAAUGUGUACAUAGCAGUGAAUGUAACAUUGUUCCUGGCCAUUUUUCAUUUUUUGGUUCGAAGUGACACUUUACAGUGCAUUCAUUUAUAGAGAUUGUAUACAACUUUUCUUGGUGGUCACUUAAAGGACCUGGUUGUUCCAAUAACUGUCUGACCUGAAUGAAGGCUGGCGCUUCACAAGGCAAGGCAGUUGAUUGUUGCAGGCUACGUCAAGUAUUGGUGGCAAAGAUUUGGAGAAAUUUAAUGCGGGGAACAUUUGGUUGAAAGAGAAUGACCCCUCUACUCUGGAGUAGGAAAGUCAUUGAGGUAGAUGUAGAUUGGUGAUCUGCACUUACUGUAGUUUGAUUAUCUCUGUACCUGUAUGAUGAGGGUUUUCUCACCCUUUUUUUAUUUAUUUAUAUAAAUCUGUACAGAGGUUGAGUUUGUAUUGUUGACGUUCCUUUUGUGUUUAAGGGACGAGAUAGAGAAAGUAUUUUGAAGAAAAGAUCAGUUACUAGUCAACAUUGACAUGGA